AUGAAGAAGCCUCAGCACUUUCUCAUAACUGCUCUUCCAGUCCAGGGUCACAUCAACCCAACUCUUCAGCUAGCUAAGAGCCUUGCGCGAAAUGGUGCACAAGUCACCUUUGCCACCACCGUUCAUGGCUUUAGCUGCAUCAACAAGGCCCUUCCAAGAUACAAUGGUCUUUCCUAUGCCACCUUCUCUGAUGGUUGCGAUGACGAGGAGUCCGGUAAAAGGCGCGAUCGCGGGAGGUUUUUUUCUGACUUGAAACACUUCGGCACCCAAACCGUCAGGGAGUUGAUCAAGACUUUGUCUGACGAAGGCCGACCUGUUACCUGCUUAAUCUACACAAUCUUAUUGCCCUGGGUGGCAGAAGUGGCCUUCGAGAUGCAAAUACCGUCGGUUUUUUUCGUGAUUCAGUGUGCUACUGCAUUUGCAAUCUACCUCAGAUACUUCAACAGCCAGGAUGGUGUGUAUGAUGGUGUUCGUGAAAUUGAUCCCUCAAUUUCAAUAAAAUUGCCUAAUCUUCCAUUGUUUUUGAGUACUGACUUGCCCAGUACAAUCAUGCCUUCUAAUCCAUACUUCGCUUCUACUGUGCCUGUUCUCCAUGAACAUAUAAAAAUCUUGGAGCAAGACACUAAAGCUUGUGUACUUGUCAAUACUUUUAAUGACUUAGAACAGGCAUCACUCAGAGCAAUAACUAAUAUGAAUGUGAUUCCAAUUGGACCUUUGAUUCCUUCUGCUUUUUCUGAUGGCACUGAUCUAACAGACAAGUCUGUUGGUGGUGACUUAUUUGACAGCCCGAAACAGGACUAUAUUCGAUGGUUGGAUUUGAAGCCAGAGCGCUCUGUUGUUUAUGUAUCGUUCGGAAGCCUUGCGACGUUAAACAAAGAGCAAAAGAUUGAGAUUUUCCAUGGAUUAGAAGAAGCUGGUUGGGAUUAUUUGAUGGUCAUCCGAAAAUCGGAUAAUGAAGACCAAGAAGUAAAGGAAAUGAUGGAAAAUGGGCUGAGUGGAAAGGGGAUAAUAGUGCCAUGGUGUUCACAAAUGGAAGUACUCUGUCACAAGUCUAUAGGGUGUUUUCUCACGCACUGUGGGUGGAAUUCAACAUUGGAGAGCCUUACUGCUGGUAUACCAAUGAUUGGAUGCCCACAAUUUUCUGAUCAGACAACAAACGCAAAACUAAUUGAGGAAGUUUGGGGCAAUGGGGUAAGAGCAAAGGCUAAUGAAGCAUCGCUGGUGGAGAGAGAGGAGAUCAAGAGGUGCUUGGGUGUUGUGAUGGGAUGUGGAGAAAAGGGGGAGAAAAUAAGAAGAAAUGCUGCUAAAUGGAGAGGCUUGGCUGUGGAUGCUGUGAAGGAAAAUGGAUCUUCACACAACAAUCUCAAACUUUUCUUGGAGAGUUUGGGAUAG